CGUCACUCCGAAGCGCCGCGGCGCGUGCCAAGGGCGGGUGAUUCAAACAGCCGGAAGGGAGCUCCUGACUGGCGCGCCUGCGACUUGACUGACUGGUCUUCCUUGUUUAUCCCCGAUCGCCGUGGGCCGCUGUGUGCGGGGCUCUGGUGCCGCGUAGGACGGCGACGAGGAGAGGAUGACGCCUGCGGUGGUGCCGGCGGCCCGGGUGUUGAAACGCAAGGCUCCCCGCGGUUUCCUGAAGAACUUCAUCAAGCGACGGAAGCCUCAGUUGCACCUCAAGUCUGGCGUCGACCUGUGGGUACACUUGAACUGUUUAUUAUUUCUUCAUCGAUUAGCAGAAGAAUCCAGGAUGCAAGCUUUUCAGAACAAGAGUAGGAUAAUUAAGGAUAAACAUAUACUUGCUGCAGCAAAGGUGGUUUUAAAGAAGAGUAGGGGUUAGAACCUAAAGACUGCUAUUUGAAGCUGUGUAAUAUAUUUUCUCAUUAAAUGUUUAUAAUGAAUUGUGCUUUUUAACAACACUUUAAAACAUGGAACAUUGUAUAAGUUGGGCAAACUUUUGUACUGCUAGUUUUGAAUUUGUAUCCUAGGUAUAUUCAUUUAUUCAUUUACAAAUGUUUAUUAAUCAUUUCUACAGAAUUUUUUUCUUAGUGAAAGUACAAAGAUAAAUAGAACAUAGCUGUUUUCAUAAUUGGCACAAAAGCUCAGUGUAUUUGUGGUCUACUUGUGGUAAUGACAACCACACAGAUAUGUCAAUAAAAAUAUUAUAAAGACUAUUCAGCACUUUUAUGAAGGCUCAUGUUUUCCUAAAGGUGACCAAUAUUAGUUUUUAAAAGUUCAAACUUUUAUCUUAAAAUUGUCAUUGCUGAGUUUUAUGGUUUUUCUUUAAAGAUAAAAAUGAUUGCUUACUAUAUUAAAUAACUUGAGGAAAUGGUUUUAUGAUAACGUCUUUAAUAGCUUAGGUGUAGUCUAUGAAUUAAAGAAAAGCCCUUAAAAUCUGUUAAAAAAAAUAAUGCAUCAUAUUCAACGUAUGUAUGAAAAUCUUAUUAUUUAGCUGAAAUUUUCAAGUAUGGAGUCUAGACCUGUAAUUUUAUUGGUUUAAAGAGGAGGAAAUUCAUUCUCUCAAAGUAAGUCAGUGUCUUCUGUGCAACUUAGAAUCUUACUGAGUUAAAGAACUAAGGGUUUAUGUGACUUGCUCAGUCCAGAGCCAAAGUCAUUUGAUAACAUGUUCAACAUAAAUUGAACCCAAAGCUUCCAGACUGUGGGGCCAAUUCUCUAUCUGUUAUUCCAAACUGAGAAUUUCAGAAUAUUUUCAUUUUGGUGACUUUUGAACUAAAUUUCCAGUAACAUACAAAACUUAAUCUUUUAUGAAAAUGUGGAUAUUAGACAGAUGUCUACAAAAAAGCUUUAUUCUUUCUUUAUACAGGUAUUUUUUUUAAAAAGAUAAAAUAGAUUUUCUAAAAAGAAAAAACAAAAUAACCUUUCCUGUCAUCGAAAGUUCCUUUUAAACAAGAUUCUGGGCAAGUAUGUAACUUCUCUGUCUCAAUUUCCUUAAUGGUAAAAUGGGAAUAGUAGUAGUAGUACCUACUUUUUAAGGUUGUUGUAAGUAUGAAAUGACAUAAAAUAUGUAAUGUGUUUAGGAUUGUGCCAGAUGCAUAGCAGAUGCUAUAUAAGUGCUUAUUCUCCUCCCUUCACAUAACUUGUGUUUGACCUUCUACAAAUGCUAGUAAUAGGAUCUCUGGCUCCUGUAAAAAAAAAAAAAAAAGUACUUGAG